UGCCUGCCACGGAGGAGGUGGCGAAGAAGUUGGUUCUGCUGAGGAGGAUACUCAUUACUCAAAGCAAGGCAGAGAGAGAGAGAGAGCCUAUAGCAAGUUCCCACUGCGUGAUCAACUCGUGCGCUACAACGUUCACUUGUGGAACACUUGCGAGAAAACGCAAGGCUUUUCUUCCUGGAUGCUUAUGUUUGAGAAGGGGUCGUCACCACCAUCGGCCACAGCGACAGCGAUGCCCUCUGAUCAAUACUCUGCUGUGGCCAUGGAGACCGGCAACAACAUGGCCUCCAUGGCGGAGGUCAGCCCGCCACCGCCCGAAGGCCUGUUGGAGAAUGACAGCGGCGUGGAGAUGACCAGUGAGAGCAGCCCGCUGGCAGGGGCCGAGCCACCGUCGCCCUUCAGCCCUAAACAGAACGCGGGCGCCUCGUCACCUCGAGACGAUAACGUGAAUGUGGAAAGAGGGACCAGGAAGAGGUCCGAGGGCGAGCAUGGCACCUGGGACCCGUAUAGUAAAAACAAGACUCAUCUGGCUUUGAGAGAGAGGCCGCUUGCCCGAACCAUCUUCCAGGCCGGUCUGAUGCCACACGCCAAACCUCGCAGACAGACACGAAAACAUGAGCUCAUGGCCACUAUGCAGUGUGGCAGAGCUUCGCGAGCAGUCUCACCCAAGGAGGUCCCUGAGGUGCCGCGUCUCGACUUGUCGGAGAACGACUCCAAAGACUCAGCCCAAAGCAGUGGCACCAACACGUCCGGUUGCGACGCUCACAUUGAAUAUAACGACAACAAGGGCUUCAACGUUGGUGAGCUAGUUUGGGGAAAGAUCAAAGGCUUCUCCUGGUGGCCCGGCAUGGUGGUGACCUGGCGCGCGACCGGCAAACGGCAGGCCAACCCCGGCAUGAGGUGGCUGCAGUGGUUCGGGGAUGGGAAGUUCUCCGAGGUCUCCGCCGACAAGCUGGAUUCCAUCACUGCCUUUGACAAGUUCUUCAAUCAGGCGUCUUACACCAAACUGGUGUCCUAUCGCAGGGCCAUCUUCCAAGCUCUGGAGAUGGCCAGUAUUCGGGCCGGCAAGAAAUUCCCCCCCUGUGAGUCCGACAAUCCCGACGAGGAAAUUAAGCCAUUAAUGGACUGGGCCCAAGAAGGCUUCCUGCCAAAAGGCCAAGAGGGGCUCAAACCCACACCGAGCGCUGAUAGUGCCGUGCUCGACAUACAGGUCCUGGACGUUUCACUGCCCGAGUAUCCGCCCAGUGCCAAGAAGCCCAAACUGAGCGUGUGCAAGAACAAGCCUGGGCCGGAGGAGUCGUACAGCAGAGAACAAAUGGUCAAUGAAGUCCUGAAUAAUAAACGAAGUAUAGAAGAGUUCUGUCUCUCGUGUGGCAAGAUGAGAGCAGCAACUUUCCACCCGCUCUUUGAAGGAGGCUUGUGCCAAACAUGCAAGGAUGUGUACUUGGAGACAUCCUACAUGUAUGACGACGACGGCUACCAGUCCUACUGCACCGUCUGCUGUGGCGGCCGAGAGGUUCUGCUGUGCGGCAAUGCCAACUGCUGCAGGUGUUUCUGUGUGGACUGUCUCGACAUCCUGGUGCACCACGGCGCAUCAAACAAUGCGCGCUUCCUGGACCCUUGGCGCUGCUACAUGUGCCAGCCGCUGCUAACGUACGGUGUCCUCAAGCGGCGCCACGACUGGAGCGUCAAGCUGCAGGAGUUCUUUGGCAACGACAAAGGACAAGAGUUUGAGACCCCAAAGAUUUACCCGGCAGUCCCAGCAGAACAACGGCGACCAAUCCGAGUCCUCUCGCUUUUUGACGGCAUCGCCACCGGUUACCUGGUCUUGAGGGAUCUGGGCUUUAAGGUGGACCAGUACGUGGCGUCUGAGGUGUGCGAGGAUUCCAUCUCUGUCGGCGUGGUCAGACACGAAGGGAAAAUCCAUUACGUCCAUGACGUCCGGAACAUCACCAGGAAAAACAUUCAGGAAUGGGGACCAUUUGAUCUGGUCAUCGGUGGAAGUCCGUGUAAUGACUUGUCUAUUGUCAACCCAGCCAGGAAGGGCCUCUUUGAAGGCACAGGGAGGUUGUUCUUUGAAUUUUACCGUCUGCUGAGCGAGGCCAAGCCCAAAGAAGGAGAGAACCGUCCAUUCUUCUGGAUGUUCGAGAAUGUGGUCGCCAUGGGUGUCAACGACAAGAGGGACAUCUCACGAUAUCUGGAGUGUAACCCCGUAAUGAUUGAUGCCAUUGAAGUCUCUGCAGCCCACCGGGCUCGAUAUUUUUGGGGGAACCUGCCGGGUAUGAACAGACCACUGUGUGCUUCUGGGAUGGACAAGUUGGAGCUCCAGGACUGUCUGGAUCACGGACGAGUUGCAAAGUUCGGCAAGGUGCGCACCAUCACCACACGCUCCAACUCCAUCAAACAGGGGAAGGACCAACACUUCCCAGUCUUGAUGAAUGGAAAGGAGGACAUCUUAUGGUGCACUGAGCUGGAGAGGAUCUUCGGCUUCCCAGUCCACUACACGGACGUGUCCAACAUGGGUCGAGGUGCUCGGCAGAAACUCCUAGGCCGGUCCUGGAGCGUCCCUGUCAUCAGGCAUCUUUUCGCACCCCUCAAAGACUUCUUUGCCUGUGAUUAACCAGCACAAAGAGCCCACAUGGCCCGCAAACCAUAUACUGUCAUCAUCAUGUUGAGGCCAGAACCAG